AUUUUAAUUUAAAAAUAAAAACUUUAAAUAUAGUUCGAUCUUCAUAUUUUCUUAAAACUACUCUAAAUUUGUUGUGGCAUUGAAAAUAAAUACGCAAAUUAAAUAAGUUUUAAUUUCGUCUACAGUAAGUUAUAUAUAUCCCUACCCCAAAAUAGUACAUGUAACAAAAUCAAGAUAGUCAUGAUUUAUGAACCUUGGUUGUGUAAUUGGUAAAAAAAAAGAAUCACCAAUUAAAACCUAGAACUCAUAAAUCUACCUUAUCCUAGUUACGUUUUCUUUUUGUCAGCAUUCUAAUGAACUUUCUUAAAACAAACAUAUUGUUAUUUCUUUUGGAUUAACAGAAUCUCUUGGUUCUAUUAGAGGAAAACUCUUUACCUAUCAAAGUCGGUCCAAGCCGGUGGUAACGUAUUGAACUUAUCUUUUUAUAGCAAAACUCCAAAUCCAAUAAAAUAAUCUGACACAAAAAACCCUUAAAUGUAAAAUUUAUUAUCAGAUAAUAAAAAGAAACAUUAUUUAAAAAACCGCGUGAGCUCCAAAGCCAAUUUUAAACACAGCUUUUACUACAAAGAUGGCCCAACCCCAGCUGUUGCCUUAAACACGGCUUCGUCUUUCACCAUAUGAACCUUCCUCUUUCGAACCUCCUCUCAAAUCUCAAACCUUUACUACUACUAUAUAUACAUCCAUCCAUCCAUAAACCCUCAAACAUCACAUUCUAAAAAUCCAAUACAAGAACACAAGAAACAUAGAUAAAUCUCUCAAAAUGGCACACAGUUACUUCCUUCCUCUGUUUCUUUAUCUUAUAGUCAUCUCCUCUGUUUCAGCUAAUUUCCAAAGAGACGUUGAGAUCACUUGGGGAGAUGGACGUGGACAGAUCACAAACAAUGGAGAGCUUCUCACUUUGUCUUUAGACAAAUCAUCUGGCUCUGGUUUCCAAUCCAAGAACGAGUACUUGUUCGGUAAAAUCGACAUGCAGAUGAAACUCGUCCCUGGUAACUCCGCAGGAACAGUCACAACACUCUACUUGAAAUCACCAGGAACAACAUGGGACGAGAUUGACUUCGAGUUCUUAGGGAACCUAAGUGGAGAUCCUUACACACUUCACACAAAUGUCUACACACAAGGCAAAGGAGACAAAGAACAGCAGUUCAAACUCUGGUUCGACCCAACAGCUGAUUUCCACACUUACACCAUUAUCUGGAACCCACAACGAAUCAUUUUCACAGUCGAUGGAACUCCCAUUAGAGAAUUCAAGAACAUGGAAUCUGUUGGUACUCUAUUUCCCAAGAACCAACCAAUGAGAAUGUAUUCCAGUCUUUGGAACGCUGAUGAUUGGGCCACGAGAGGUGGUUUGGUCAAAACCGAUUGGUCUAAAGCUCCUUUCACUGCUUCCUACCGUGGCUUUAACCAAGAAGCUUGUGUUUGGUCAAACGGCAAGUCGUCUUGUCCUAAUGGCUCGGGACAGGGGACCACUGGCUCGUGGCUGUCGCAGGAGCUUGACUCUACGGCUCAAGAAAGGAUGAGAUGGGUGCAGAAGAACUACAUGAUCUACAACUAUUGCACGGAUACGAAGAGAUUCCCUCAAGGUCUUCCUAAAGAGUGCUUUGCUGCAUAGAGAGUGAAGAGUUGAGAAAGGAACAAAAUUCUACUUUUUCUUUUUGUUAUUAAAAAUUCUAUUGAUUUGUUUGUAGUGUACUUAUUCGUCAAAGUAAUAUAUUCUAUUACAAUAUCUUUUUAACUUA